GGUUCUGCUGAUAAGCAAUCCUCACCAAAAACCAACCCGCAUUCCACGUGUCAAGAAACAAGAAGGGUCAAAUCCAGAAAAGGCAAUCACCGCUGCACUUUCCUACAAAGGUUUUCAUUGCCAUAAAGUGAAGCUCCUUGAUCAACAACAACAUGCUUAUAAGCUGCUGCUACUCGUGCUAGCAGGCAGCAGCCAUAACCACUCCACCACCCCCUUCCUCCUCCAUCCGGAUUUCCAAACCACUCCUCAGCUUUAUCAUCUUCAGAUCCUGAAAAUAGAGCGUUCUUUAUUUUUUUUUAUUUUUUAUAAUAUUUGAAAAAAAAAGAAAAGAAAAUGGCUCCAUCUGCUUCAUCGUCAUCACAGCUUCAAAUUAAUGAAACCCGAACCCUAAUCCCAGGUAUCCCAAACGACAUCGCUUCACAAAUCCUGUCAAUGAUCCCGUACUCGCACCAUUCACGCAUCACCACUUGCAAAUCAUGGCACAUCUUUCUCUCCUCAACCAAAACCCUAUUUUUACUCCGCCACAAUCUCCGCCACUCCAACCACCUCUUAAUAAUCUUCCCGCAGGAUCCAUUCAUCUCUUUGCCUUACCUAUUCGAUCCGCAAAACCUCGCUUGGCGUCCACUCCCACCAAUGCCGUGUAACCCUCACGUUUACGGACUCUGUAAUUUCACUUCGGUUUCGAUGGGCCCUAAUCUCUAUGCCCUCGGUGGGUCCCUCUUCGACACCCGGUCUUACCCCAUCGACCGUCCUUCGCCAACACCGUCUGUUUUUCGGUUUAAUUUUGUUGAUUUCCUGUGGGAGAAACUGUGUCCGAUGAUUUCCCCGCGUGGUUCUUUUGCUUGUGUGGCGGUUCCUGAUUUGGGCCAAAUAAUUGUGGCUGGAGGAGGGUCGAGGCAUACGUGGUUUGGUGCGGCGGGGAGUAGGAUAAAUUCGGUGGAGAGGUAUGAUGUUGGGAAAGAUGAGUGGGUGGCAAUAGACGGGUUGCCGAGAUACAGGGCAGGGUGUGCGGGGUUUUUGAGUGGGAAUCGGGAGGAAAAGGAGUUUUGGGUAGUGGGAGGGUAUGGAGAGUCGAGGACGAUUUCGGGGAUUUUUCCGGUAGAUGAGUAUUACAAGGAUGCUGUUGUGAUGGAUCUGGAGAAGAAUGGAUGUGGGAAAUGGAGGGAAGUUGGGGAUAUGUGGGGUGUUGCGGGGAGAGGGAGGCUCGGGAAGAUUGUUGUUGUUGAGGAGGAGGCUGAAGCUGAGGGCUUGGGAGUGAAUCAGGGUCGCCCUGUUGUCUUCAUGCUUGAUGGGGAUGAGAUUUUCAGAUAUGACAUGGCUUCAAACUCUUGGCAGAAGGAGUCCAGUGUACCUCGAAAAGCUCCUUACAACUCCUCAUUUGGUUUUGUUGUGUUGGACGGUGAGCUACAUGUAAUGACUCCUGUGCAAGGAGAUGAUUUGAUGGAAACUCGAAGAUCACGGCAGCAGAAGAGGGGAGGAACACUUUUAGUUCAAAUCUAUCAUCCUAAGAUGAAGACAUCACUUGUUACAAAACCACCAUUCAAUUACCCAUUGGAUUUCAAGACUGCAAUAAUGUGCACCAUCCAGCUUUAGACAAUUACAUCUUGUGAUUAUCAUAGUUACAGCUACCCGAUUUCUGUAAUAGUUGUGUUACCUGAGUUCCUGAACCUUGUGUACUUUACUCAUAGCAUAUGGUGUUUAGCCAAUGUACAGAUUGAUGAAAUGCCGCACAGCACCAAAUUCUAUCCAA